UCUCCUCUGGUGGUGGCAGACCUGGAUUUGAUCCCAAUUUUGUAGGCUGCGCGUAUGUACUGUAUAUACCGCGUCUUUUGUCGCGGCCCUGGAGCAGACGGCCCUGGUCUCCCUUGGAGAGUCAUCUGAUAAGGCUGGAGGAGAGCCAGGCAGCAGGGCCCCGCGUUCUGGAGAGGAGGACCCAUAUCUCAGGCAACGCGAGCAGCCAGGGCCCCAUUAUCUCCACGAGGCAGGGAGGCGUAUCCCCCCCCCCCCUUGACUCUCUCUCCCCUUCACCCGUUCACCGACCAGACCACAACCUGCCUCGGACGACGCCCCGCAGCCCGUGAGAUCUGCACCGAGGGCAGGGUCGCCUCAACCGCCGAGUGCGUCUUUUGCGCUCGAGAAGGACAAAACCACCGGGCUGUUAUUAUUAUUAUUAUUAUUAUUAUACUAAUUAUUAUUAUUAGAGUCGGGCCGUGCGCGCAAAGGCUGCCCGCGGCAUCCUUAACAGGGAGGGUGCCACAGUCGGGAGGAGAAGCAGAAGCAGCAGCAGCAGAGGAGGAGGAGGAGGAGGAAGAGGAGGAGGAGGAGGAACGGGCGGCAGAGUAAUUCCGAAUUGACGCUCAGAAAUAAACAAGAAGACAACCCCGUUUGGAAGACGUCCGCGGCGGGAAAGCGAACGGGAUCUGCGUCUGAAGGCGGCUUGAGCAGCGGCGCAACGUUUUAAGCCUCCAGCGCCGCGGCAGGAAAGCAUCCUCCGACUCGGGACAGGAGGGGAUGACGGAGGGGAUGAGGAGAAUAAGAAAACACAAACCGCUGUAGGAAAUGCGCUGACGACACAUGUUCGACACUGUGCGCGACGAUCGCCGCAUCGUUACACGGGGCCAUAUACAACUGACGAUCCCAAGAGGCGCAGCAUCCUUCACGGGGACAUCGGGCGCACACGCGCGCAUCCCCCGGAAAAUAACACGCUCACUGUCAAAGUCAGGCGCUGAUCUGGAGGAUGGCUGAGGUGUCACAAGAGGAGAAACUCCUGGCCAUCGCUGAGAAAAGGAAGAAGCAGACGGAGAUUGAAAACAAGAGGAGGCAGCUGGAUGAUGACCGAAGGCAACUGCAGCAUCUCAAGUCGAAGGCACUGAGGGAGCGCUGGUUGUUAGAUGGAGCUCCAGCGGAGGAGGAGACCCAGAAGCGUCUGCAUGAGGACGAGGUGAAGACCAAACUCCUGGAGCAGGUCAUCCUCAGGCUGGAGCAAGAGAUCGAAGAACUGGAGACAGACGAGCCAGAAAAUAAGGGUGUGGCCAAAGAAAAUGGAGGUGAGAAUGGAGUAGUGCAGACCUCUGGUCAGACUCCCAAGAGAGAAGUGACAGGGAUUGAGGCCACGCUGCUGGGGCCCAGUCCUGACCAAGCAAGCGCAGACAACCCGGUCACCCUGGUGUUCAUGGGCUACAAGACCGUCGAAGAGGAGCAGGAGACCCGCACGGCCCUGGGAAUGGAGGGGGUGGACGGCAACGUGAAGGCCGAGUUUGUCGUGAUCGAGGACGGGGAGGCGAAAGCGGGAGGAGAGGCGGCCACAGAAGAGCAGGCUCCGCCCAACGGGAGCAUGGCGGAGAAAGAGAAGGUCAACGGAGGUGGCGAAGAGGGAGAGAAGGAAAAGGAGAAGAAACAGACCUGCAAGUGCUGCACGGUCAUGUGAGCUGUGUGUGCGUGUAAACGUGUGUGUGCAUGCGUGCGUGCGUGCGGGUGUGGGUCUGUGUGUGUGUGUGUGUGUGUGUGUGUGUGUGUGUGUGCGUGUGGAUGAGUACACACCUGGCAUUGCAUGUGUGUGUGUGUGUGUGUGUGUGUGUGUGUGUGUGUGUGUGUGUGUGUGUGUGUGUGUGUGUUUGUGUGUGUGUGUGUGUCAGGACUGGAAAACAAAAACCGAAGUACACAACCAAUAUACCAACAAUGAGAGCCAAUACAAGCUCCAGCUUCAACAACAACAACAACCACAAAGACUCAUAAGUACACUUUACUCUGUAUACUUUCCCUGAUAUGUAUUUGACUCUUGAUUUCUAUUGAUAUUUUUCUAUUUUUCUGUCUUGACAUUUAUAUUGUAUUCAGUAUGUAUAUCUUUAUUAUGGGACUGUGUACUGUAAGUUCAUUGUUAUUAUUGUUGGAAAAAAAGAAACUGUAUUAGCUCUCUGGAUUGUACUGCUACCCGCUGGUGGAUAUCUGGAAACUUCAAAUCAUUUAAGUCAAAACAGAAUACUAUGAAGGACACAGAUGCUUAUAUAUAUAUAUAUAUAUAUAUAUAUAUAUAUAUAUAUAUAUAUAUAUAUAUAUAUAUAUAUAUAUAUAUAUAUAUACACCUGUGUAGGCCUACCAACUACUUAUCAGUCAAUUUCAUAUUACAAUAUUGUCCAAGAUAUUAUUUUAAAUAGUAUUUUAAUAUAUUGAUAUAAAAUUAUGUUUUAUACAAUGUAUUUAUUGUUUUUGGUUCUCUAUAUUCAUCUCCAACCAUUAACUGCAUGUUAGCUUGUAAGCACUACCAGAUUCGCGUAACCAUCAUUACAAGUGUCGGUGCUUUCUUACACCCACACAUGCUCAUAUCCAACGUCUUUCUGUCAGUAACGGUGAAUAUAAUUGGCGGUGUUAGAGAUAUGCAUUAACUUUUAAUAGAAAUCUACAAGCGGCGGAGACAAGAGGCAGAUUAGUACAAUGACCCUGUUUGCAAACUGCAUUAGCUUCGCAUAGAAGCGGUAUAUGACACAUGUACAUGAAGAUCACCGCUUUUGUUGGGUUUUUUUGUUUAUUUUUUCAAUAAGAUGGAUACACUUAUACUUCAUGAUCGGCAGAGUCACAACAAACCGUUGCUCAUCGAUUAGAAAUGCUUUUAAGGAUUUUUGCUCUCUCAGACGUAAAAUCAAUGUAAAUCUUAUGAGGUAGCACUGCAUGAAGCCUUGCAACACUUUUUGAUUGUCUUGUCACUUGUUAGGUCUUUUAUUAUACGCUGUCACGUUCACAUGAAUGUAAAUCCAGGGGUUAAAUUGGGAUUCGUUCUACCUUUAGCAUAAAGAAGAGGCGGGGCUUGCUCAGCUCGCCGUGAAAAAGGAAGGUUUUUGUCUCUCAAAUGAACCAAAUAAAAUCCUGAUGAUUCUGUAA